UAGACAUGUCUUGAGCGAUGUCGUGUGUUUCAGGCUGAUUAAAGUGGUUGUGUCAGGAUGCUAGAGGCUGGAUGUUCCCGAAACAACAAUGCAGUUUUGCCUACAACAUUUUUUAUUUCUUUUUCUGGAAGGGCUGUUCUUUGUCUAUUGGGAAUAAAGCUGAGUGUUACAGCAUAGCUAGUACAGCUGACCAAGCUUUUUUGCCGGUUCUCGAAGGAAAGUGAAAGGGGGRAAAAAAUAGACCAAUUUGGAUUGUGUCACAAAAACGGCCUCUCGCAUAACCUUUUGCCAGCAAGGCUUGGCUCAAGCAGACAAGGCAGCAGCCARAAUUUUCAGAGCUUCUUGGUAGCUGUGGUGGGGCAGUUCUUUAAAACUUGUCCUACGACAUAUAAACACUGAAUCAGUCCUUGGUACAUCUGAGACUUUGUUUUCAGUUAUCAARAAAACCACUAUAAAUUGUGCAUGCCCGGUCGGUCAGGCCAGAAGAUAGAUAUCUUUGUAUGUAUUUCUGAAAAGUGCUUUGAUCUGAUUUUUCUUUUUUUCCUUUGAAGGUGUUCUCACAACACUUCUUUCUUUGGUAAAAGGCUGCCCUCACAGCGAUUUGAAAGAACCAGUGUCCCCAUGAGAUAGCAAACAUCAAAGAAUUUAGUAGAAGCAUUCCUUACGUUAUCACAUUAUAUGUUUAAUAUAUAUCUUUUGGGAGACUUUUAAGCCAGCAUGAUUCCCUAGAUCUGUUAUAGUUUACAUGUGGAAAAAGCUUUUCCAUAUGCUGCUUUACAUGAGAAAUAUGUACAUGUGGCAAAAUGUUUCUGGACUUUUCACUUCAGGAGACAUUUUUUUAAAACUUUAUAAUGAUGUGGCUUGCAUYUGAGAGGAGGAACAGAAAGGAGAUGAGGAGUAUGAUGAAGUUAUAACUGGUCUUUCUGUAAUGCUUGGGAUUUCAGUUGUGUUYAGUAACUGUCCACUGUUGGUAUGCUUACUUGGGUCAGACAGCAGUAACUAAAAUGUCAAAUGAUUUUUACAGCAACCCAGUCCAGUACUCUGACAUUUAAUGUAGGCCACAUUCAGCAAAAGUAAAUAGAAAUGGUACAAAGUUAAAUUGUAUUAGUACUUACAYGUCUGUGAUGAAAUGGGAAAUUCUCUGUUUGUCUUAAGGUACCAAACUCCAGCUUGAUUGCUCUCUUCUGAGGCAUGAAAGUCACAUGUAUGGGGAUGGAACUGAUGGUGGAAAUGCUCCCCAGCAUAUCCUGGGCAAAUGCAUUCAGCCUGCAUGUGAUGGUGACACAAGAGACAGAAGUGGUCUCUUCCACUGAAGGGACCAGCUCAGCUCGUGCUCACAGGCCAGGGAUGAGCACUCCAGCUGCAGCAAGGUAGGAGAUAGGCAGAGUAUUUACAUUAAUGCAGUGCUGCCACAGAGGUAAUGUGCUAUGCCUGGCAUCAUGCACCAUGCACAGGGUUGCAGACRUGUGGUGCAGAACUCCAUGAGCCUCCUAGCUCAGACCUGGAGACAAACAUAGCUGGCUUGCUCAGAAUAUUCUGAGUUGGAAGGGACUCAUGGCAAGYCCAUGGGCAUAACUAAGUUAUCCCAUGCUUGAUGCAGCCAGUGUUGGAACCAGUUACUUUGUGUUUUUCUGGGUAAAAUUACACCAGGUAUCUGAGCAUCAUCACUGCAUUCACCAACACAGGCUGGGCCAUUUCUGGUUAAAAAACCCAAAGGGCCAGUUCUGUCUCCAGAUGACCUGCCUGACACAAAUGCUUCACCCUGCUYACUGCAGCAGUGCAGGCUGCUGGGGUGGGAGUGAAGCAUUUCUUCCUUCUUCUCUUCCCCUCUGGAUGUAACUGGGGUAUUUUGUCAGCCGUUGUUUAAUAUGCAUACUUCUCCUUUGGCUCUUGCCCAAACUCGAAGGAGUGCACUGCUUUCCUCAACCAAGGGCUUGUCUAAACAACGGUAUUCUGGCUGCUUUAACAAGUGUUGUUCAAGUGCUAAAUCCCCCUAAGCCUUGUGGAGUUACAUUAGUACAAACGUUGCUGUUUGGGAAGCAGUAUCUGCUUUAAAGCACCUCUCUGGGGCUGUGUACCAGGUGUCCAUGGCAGCAGCAGCAUGGAAUAAGAGAGUGGUUUAAACUUGCUGUAUAAGACUUUUUAAAAAGCAAACCCUGGUUGUGGUGAUUUUAUAGAAGCUUAAAUACUUACGGGAGAAAGCAUUGAUGGUAGGACAGUUGACGUUCAAACAUACGUCAAGCUAUUUAAUUAUUUCCUGAUAUGUUUUUUGUUGGGGCUGGAAGGGGCCAGGAUGUUUAGUGAUGUCUUCUGGUGYAGAGCAACCUGGUCCUUUUCCUGGCACGCAUCUCCUUGCCUGAGGUCUGCAGUGUUGUGGACAUUCCUCCUGUGCAGUAUGGUUGCUAUAAACUGUGCUCACCUGCUAAGUCUACACUAGAGCACCUCUAGCAGAGUAAUUAUGCUGACAGAGCCUCAAAGCACUAUAGUAACCAUUUCCCUCAGCUACUUCACACAGCCUCUGUAUCUGAGGAAGCUGUGGUAAAGCAAGGCGCCUGUAACUGUGUCUGCAGCAGAGUUUCUGCAAACACAGGUGUCUCGGUUCUGUGGUGUUUUCUUUCACAACUUUGCUGAGCCUGUGMUCUUAGGAGCAGCUUGGGGAGCUCCCCCAUCCAGCUGCAGGGUGUGUAUUACCCUCUGCUGUGCUAGCAAAGUUGUGGGGUUUUGUGCUGAAGCCCACACUGGAUUAGCUGGAUCACCACGACCAUACAGGCUAUGGAUUCUGAAUCUAAGAACAGUUUCAUAGGAAGCUUUCUUCAGCCACCAGCUCGGAUGCUUCCUGCAGCCUUUGUUUAUAUAGAAUCAAAGAAGUUGGCAGCUGCUKCUGGUGACAGGCCUUCUAUCCCAAAUAACCAAGCUGUAGUGGAAGCCCUGAAAACUCUGCAAGAAAAGAUCCACCGCCUAGAGCUGGAGAAGUCAGAGGCUGAAGAUCAUUUGUGCAGCCUUUCCAGAGCAGCUGCUCAGUACAAGAAGGUCUUAGAGCACGAAUCCUUUGAGAAGGAUGCAGCACAUCAAGAACUGAUGCAACAGAGGAAAGAUGCAAGUGUGCAGUUAGAUGCAGCACAAUCCCGCUGCUCCCUGCUGGAGAAACAGCUGGAUUACAUGAGAAAAAYGGUUUCCAGGGCAGAACGGGAAAAGAAAAUGAUUUUAGAAAAACAGGUCCAGCUUCAGAAGGAGGAAGAUCAGAACUGGUUGGAACUGCAUGCAAAACUUGAAAAGCUUGAAACGCUAGAAAAAGAGUGUCUUAAACUUACAGCUAAUCAGAGAAUUACUGAAGACAAGAUCAAACACUUAGAAGMAAAACUUUGUGAAGAAGAGCAUCAGCAUGAACUAAUACAAGAUAAAACUGCUCAGCUUCUAACAGGAUUUGAUAUAAAUAGAAUUUUGAUGUCUUCAGUAAUAUCUCAGUGUGAACCUGAAAAGGAAAAUGGGAAGAACAAAAARCCUAAGAAGGGAAAUGGUACGAUGAAGAAAAUGCACAUUUCACGAUUACAUGUAAAGGCUGGUGAACUACCUUUUGUGGCUGGGAAGUUCUUCUUUAAGUCUGUCAGCUCCAGCCAUUCUGUCAGUGCAAACGUACAAAGUGUGUUGCAUAUUAUGAAGCAUCGCAAUCCGUGUAUCUCAUCACGAAAACAAAGAGGAUCUGCGUCUGGGAUUUCAGGACACAGUGCUCUUUCAAAAUCUGUAUCCUCUUGUUUCACAUCACCUACUGCCACAAAGAACCCUUCAGACCUUCUGUUGGCUAUACAGAAUGAGCUGGGUCAAAUGAGCUCUGAGCUUCAAGAGCUUCUGAAGCAGAUACAGGAAACUCAAGACUCCCAAAYUCRUGAAGACCUGGAGCAGGAGGUGGAUUACCUUGUAAAACAAAUGGAGAUGAAAGGAAAACAGAUAUCCAAGCUGAAAAAGCAUCAGGCUACUGUGCAGAAAUUAAAGAGAAAAACUCAGAAAUUGAAGCAAGGGGCAAGUCUUGUCACACUUAAGUCUGAUAAGCAAAAGGAAGCAAAGGAGAUUGCAGUCACUGUAAAGGAAAGUGUGUCCAAACCUUGUCCUGGUCAACAAAGCAGAAGCUCUCUUCAGCUGCUAAAAGCUGUGAGGAAACUUCAGUCAUCUCUGAAAAAAGAUGUCAUCUGAGAAGAAUAGUUCUGAAGWUUGCUAUGUUGGAAGUUUUUUAAAUUGUCUGACAUCUAGUAAAUUCUUAGUUGUACAAAAUAGCUUUUAAAAACAAACUGGAUACAGUAUAGAUGUACAUUSUAAACUGCCUACUCUCUAGUAGGUCAGUUUGUUCACCUUAGAAUUAACUUUGAUGUAGUGUAGCUAUAGCUUGACUACAUUUCCUUAUAAUAAAGUGUUUUA